CUUGCAUGCGUACAAAAGAGAGGAUAGAGGAGCAUCAAUAAUUCUUGACAUUCAUUGAUCUUCAUGAAACAUCCACAACAACUUCCCACAGCCACAUAACAUAAAUUUAAUCAAAUAUCACAAAUAAACUAACAAAAAAUACAAUGUUUUCUUCAUAUGUUUGAAGAUUGGUGGUGUGACAAUGGCAAGCAUAUUUUUUUCAAAACUAGGCGGUUUUCCGACUAGGCUAUGCUUAUGCCACGAGACGGCUUUACACCGUUUGACGAUACAAAAACGCGUCCAUGCCGUUGGAAAUCGGAUUGGAGAUAAACCCGGGUUCAGGUUUCACAGAAUCAUCAGAAAGCCUCAUGCUUUGGCUACAGAGGUUUCAUAUAAAGAACCCAAGGCAUCAACCCCAUUGAAAGAUAAUAUGAUGGCAAACUAUGUUCCAAUCUAUGUCAUGCUUCAGUUAGAUAUCAUCACAACGGACAACAUUCUCAAAGACAAAGCGGGGCUCGAGAAGCAGUUAAAGCAGUUACAGGACGCGGGGGUGGACGGGGUGAUGUGUGAUGUUUGGUGGGGGAUUGUUGAAUCCAAAGGACCAAAGGAGUAUGAUUGGAGUGCUUAUAAGACAUUGUUUCAACUUGUUCAAGAUUGUAAGCUCAAAAUGCAAGUUGUGAUGUCGUUUCAUCAAUGUGGUGGGAACGUUGGGGAUGUUGUCAUCAUUCCAAUCCCGCAAUGGGUCCGUGAUGUGGGAGAAUCCAACCCGGAUAUAUUUUAUACCAACAGAAGUGGGAACCGUAACACAGAGUAUCUCACUAUUGGUGUCGAUAAUCAACCGCUUUUUGGUGGUCGUACUGCUAUUGAGUUAUACAGUGACUUCAUGAAGAGCUUCAGAGAGAACAUGGCUGACUUUUUGGAUGCAGAAUUGUUUACAGAUAUCGAGGUCGGGGUCGGUCCCGCAGGCGAGCUUAGGUACCCGUCAUACCCGCAAAACCAAGGAUGGGCUUUCCCGGGAAUUGGUGAAUUUCAGUGUUAUGACAAAUAUCUGAAAGCCAAUUUCGAAGAGGCUGCAACAAAUGCUGGACACCCGGAAUGGAGAUUGCCUGAUGAUGCUGGAGAAUACAAUGACACUCCGGAUGCAACAGGUUUCUUUGGAUCAAAAGGUUACUUGAGUGACAAGGGAAAGUUUUUCUUAACUUGGUAUUCAAGCAAGUUGAUAAUUCAUGGUGAUCAGAUCUUGGAUGAAGCCAACAAAGCCUUAUUGGGUUGUAAAGUGAAGUUAGCUUGCAAGAUAUCAGGUAUCCAUUGGUGGUAUAAAGAUGAUACUCAUGCUGCAGAGCUAACCGCAGGAUACUAUAAUUUAGAUGAUCGCGAUGGUUAUCGCCCGAUUGCACGCAUGCUUUCAAGGCAUUAUGGUUCUUUCAAUUUCACUUGUUUAGAAAUGAAAAACUCUGAUCAAGAUGCAGCUGCAAAAAGUGGACCUCAAGAACUUGUCCAACAGGUAUUUAGUGCGGUCAAAAGAGAGGAAGUUAUUAUGGCAGGUGAAAACGCGCUUGAAAGAUACGAUCGCGAUGGUUAUAACCAAAUUCUUCUAAAUGUGAGGCCAAAUGGUGUGAGCAAAAAUGGACCACCAAAGCUGAAAAUGGAAGCUUUGACUUUCCUUAGAUUAGGAGAUGCGAUGCUAGAAAAGAAGAAUUUUAGGAUAUUCAAAGCAUUUGUUAGGAAACUACAUGCUGAUCAGGCGUACGCCGCUGAUCUACGAGAAUAUACAACUGUUGUCCCGUUGGAGAGAUCGAAACCUGAGAUUCCAAUCGAGGAACUGCUAAAAGCAACUGAAAUGCAUGAACCGUUCCCUUUUGAUGAUCAAACCGACAUGAGUAUGGGGGGUGUUGUCAAUGAUUUUAUUGAUGGUUUGCUAAACUUGAUUCCUUUCUUCUAAGAAAUUGGAUGGAAGGAUUGCAGCAUUCUGUUUUAACAAGAGUUGUCCAAAUUCAAAUGGAACUUUAAGAGUAAAUAUGGCAUCUUUUGUUCACUCUUUUGAUUCUAUUUGUAUAAUAUUAACAAAACAUUAAACUCUAUAAUAACAUUUUAAUAUCUUGAUCA